CAGAGACUCAUAGUCCAACUGACUGAACAGCAACACAGAUACCUUAACAGGUUGAGCAUCUAAGCAAAUCAUCAUGUCUAAUGAUGUUGACAGAAGCAAGGUAUUAAAAUCAAUCAAGGUAAUGAAGGCAGUGAAGAAAGAUGGCAGCUGGAUCCACAAAGCUAACCCGGGGAAGAAAGAGCAGGACAAAUCAAGGACGGACGUCGCCAAGGACAACAGUUCCUCUCCAGUCAAGAAGAAAUCAUACGUCCUCUCUGCAGUCAAGAAAUUUGAGACCCGAGUGUCCGAAGAAGAAGUUAGCAAAAAUGGUGAGGUGCAACCAGAAAUAGCUAAUGCCAACACAGCUGAAGAAAACAAAGGAGGAUAUGCUAAUAUUUGUGGAGAAGUUCACGUCCAAAAUGGGGAUGCAGAAUCAGUUUCUCUAUCAAAGGGAAAUCCAGAGGCAAGAGAAGAAAACAAGGAGGAAUAUCCUGACACAAGGACAUUCAAGGAGUCGACAAUCCCUGACAUGAUGGUAUCCCAGUCACCAACUGUCAGCCAUGCUGUGCCUGAGGAUGUGGUGAAGUCAUUACCUGAGACCCCUGCUGCAAAUAAACUCCAGGAGAUGAAGAAGUUCUACAAGGUGCUGUGGAACCGGUCCCUCUUCUUGUGCCUAAAUCACCUCCUCAGUCUGCUUUAA